AUCAUGUGACGCGACCCGGAAGUCUGCGACAACGUUUCGGAAGCGGGUGGCCUCCGAGCUGCGGCAGGAUGUUCUCGGCGGGAGCGGAGAGUCUGCUGCACCAGGCCAGGGAGAUACAGGAUGAGGAGCUACAGCGAUUCUGCACCCGGGUCACCAAGCUGCUCCAGGAACCCCCGGGGCCAGCCACCAUGGAUGCUCUGCAGAGGCUUUUCCUCAUCGUCUCAGCCACCAAGUACCCCCGGAGGCUGGAGAAGAUGUGUGUGGACCUGUUGCAGACUACCCUCUGUUUGCCCACAAGCCCUGAGCAGCUUCAGGUCCUCUGUGCUGCUAUCUUGAGAGAGAUGUCACCUUUUGAUGGCCUAGCCCUGUCCUGUGAUCACACUCAAAACAUCCGGCAGCUCAGCCUUGUGGCCUCUGUGCUCUUGGCCCAGGGAGACAGAAAAGGAGAGAUCAGACAAGUGAGCCAGCGCAUCUUCAAGAUCCUUGAGAACCGGCAGCCCGAGGGGCCCAGUGUCAGGCACCUCCUCCCUGUCCUGUCCAAGGUCAUUGGCCUGGCCCCAGGCACCCUUGUGGAAGACCAGAGCAACCUGCUCAGCAAGAGGCUAGUGGACUGGCUGCGCUACGCCAGCAUCCAACAGGGCCUUCCAUCCUCAGCGGGUUUCUUCUCUACACCCAGGACCCGGCAGCCAGGUCCCAUCACUGAGGUGGAUGGAGCAGUGGCUUCUGACUUCUUCACGGUUCUUUCCACGGGCCAGCACUUCACAGAGGACCAGUGGCUGAACAUGCAGGCCUUCUCCAUGCUUCGGAAAUGGCUGCUACACAGUGGCUCUGAGGACCCAGGCAGUCCAGAUGCAGAUGACAAGUCAGAGCUGGAGGGUUCGACCCUGUCUGUGCUCUCUGCCACCUCCACUGCUAGCCGACUGCUGCCCCCUCGGGAGCGGCUGAGAGAGGUGGCCUUCGAGUACUGCCAGCGCUUACUGGAACAGAGUAACCGGAGAGCCUUGAGGAAGGCGGACUCCAACCUACAGAAAGCUUGUCUAGUGGAAGCUGUGUUGGUGCUGGAUGUGCUGUGCCGGCAGGACCCCUCCUUCCUUUACCGCACCCUCUCCUGCCUGAAGGCCCUGCAUAGGAGGCUGGGUGAAGACCCUGGCAGUGAGCGGGCACUGGUGCCCCUUGCCCAGUUCUUCCUGAACCAUGGGGAGGCAGCCGCAGUGGAUGCAGAAGCCAUCUACCAGCACCUGCUCAGCAGGCUCCCUUCCGAGCGCUUCUACAGCCCAACCCUGGCCUUCGAGGUUAUACACUUCUGCACACACAACCUGGCUCUGUUCGACCCCCACUUCCUCGGCCUUCUCAGGUUGAGCUUCCCUAGUCUGUUCAAGUUCCUGGCUUGGAACAGCCCUCCCCUCAUAGCCGAGUUUGUGGUACUCCUCCCAGCUCUAGUGGAUGCUGGCACCACCGUGGAGAUGUUGCAUGCACUGCUUGACCUGCCCUGCCUGACCACUGCCCUAGACCUACAGCUCAGGUCCACACAGACCCCAUCGGAGAGGCUGCUUUGGGAUGUCUCCCUCAGGAUUCCCAGCUGCCUGGAGGCCUUCCGGGACCCACAGUUCCAGGGACUCUUCCGCCACCUGCUUCGUACCAAGGCCAGCGGCUCCAUAGAGAGAUUGACACCACUUUACCAGCUGCUGAAGCCCAUGGCCAGCUGUGCCCGGGUAACCCAGUGUGCAGAGGCAGUACCCAUCCUGCUUCAGGCCUUCUUCUCAGCUGUGACCCAGUUUGCUGACGGGGCCCUCAUCAACCAGCUGGCGUUGCUGCUCCUGGACAGAAGUGACUCCCUCUACCAGGUCCCUCAGUAUGAGGCCGGCGUGCACAGGGUGCUGAGCUCCCAGUUCCUGGUGCUGUGCAAGCUGAAGCCAUCACUGGUGGUGGAGCUGUCACGAGAGCUUCUGGAGUUUGUGGGGAACGUGAGCAGCAUCUGCAGCCGCGCCAGCAUGUUCACCUGUGUGGUAUGGGCCAUUGGCGAGUACCUGUCGGUGACCUGUGACAAGAGGUGCACAGUGGAGCAAAUCAACAAGUUCUUUGAGGCCCUGGAGGCCCUGCUGUUUGAAGUCACCCAGUCCCGCCCCUCGGCUGACCUGCCCUGCUGUCCACCACAGGUGGUCACUGCACUCAUGACCACACUGACCAAGCUGGCCUCCCGGAGCCAAGACCUGAUCCCAAGGGUGUCACUGUUCCUGUCAAAACUUCGGUCCCUGGCCCAGAACCCAGCCACCAGCUCCGUGUACAGGGAGGAGGAUGCAGAAGCCAUCCGUACCAGGGCCACAGAGCUACUGACUCUACUGAAGAUACCCAGUGUGGCCCAGUUUGUGUUCACACCCACUGCAGGUGUGUGCCAGCCCCGCUACCACCGAGACACCAACACGGCCCUGCCUCUGGCCCUGCGCACCGUCAGCCGGCUGGUGGAGAAGGAGGCUGGCCUCUUGCCAGGUUGAAGGGACAGUCACCACCUAAACACUGGCUAUAGCUUAAGAGCCUGGGCGGUCAGACCAAUAUCAGCGCUGAGCUGAAGGCUGGGUGACUAGAGUGGGGAGGAAGGUGGACAUAGCCCCCAAGAUGGGGUCACUAGCUGCUGGGGUUGCGUCAUCCAGCCUCGUUCCUGUGGCUGGCCAAACUCAACCUUGAGUGGCUGAUAAAUGACUGAGCACUGUUUCCUAGACUGAGCAGAAGUGGCCUGGUCUGCUCACUGCUCUUAACUCAUUUCUAGAGUUGGAGGCAUGGAGCAGGGCAAGAAUAACAAUAAAUUUUAUAAAAAUUGCCUGUGCUGGGCGGUGGUGGUGCAUGCCUUUAAUCCCGGCCCUUGGAAGCAGAGGCCAGCUGCUACACAGAGAACUUUUGGGAGUCAUCUCCUUCAUGUGGGCCCUGGCUGGUUGUGUGGCUCGGUGACAAGCAGUUUUACCUACUGAGCCAUCUUGUAUGUCCCCUAAUAAACCUUUAAAUACUAUGUACAA